CUCAAUUUCAUUUUCGAGGUCUUCGUUCAUGUUGCCGGGGUGUCGGUUACUGAACGCAAGAGGCUUGGUGGUUAUGGCGGGCGCAAAACGGCGUGCCGCCACUGGUCUCGCUUACGGCGAAUAUGGCGUCCCGUGGCGUCCCGGGCGCUUAUCUCUAUUUUUGAAGCGGAAAGCCCUAUGUGAGACAACGACCACUCUCCAGCCCGGUUCAUCCUGCAACCUGGAGGGGCCAUAUGCUAGGCAAUAUGGAGACUGGCAGAUAUGGCCAAUGAAUAUGGCCGGUGCCCCGUUAUUUGGGAUGAGUAUGAAGCAAUACGCCGAACAGGGGCGGUCCAGCCCCAUCUCCACCUCAUGAGUGCUCGAGAUAUGGCUGUCUGUCUGCUAUAUAUUAUCCACCUCGGCCUUCAAGUGCUUGCUUUUUCUUUUUGUCACCGUUUCUUAUUUUGCAUUUUUCCUAUUCUGUUGUCUCGUCCUUCUGUUGCGUUGCAUCGCUGGUCGAUGGUUUCUUUUGGCAUCUACUUGGAGUAACGGCCGUAGAUUGGGUUGCUUCAUUUUUACCAUGAGCCCUCCAAAUGUCGUUGACUCGUCACAACCUCGCUACGACUCUAAUGGAAAUAAGGUUCCCAUAUGGGAAGCUAUUGAGGUGGAACUUCGCAAGGAUGACAAGAAUCCGUUGAAAAAGCAGUCCUCGUGGAAUUCUUGGAUAUCAAAAACAACAUCAUGGGCCAGCACGACGGAUGGGGCCACUGGGCGGAAACCCCUUUGGAAACCGGCAACACUGCGGUUCCCAGUUCUAGGAAGCAUCUUCACUGUGACAGUUUUGAUGAUAAUUGGACUCGAAAUUUUGGCGUAUCUCAGUGUCGGUAAAAAUAAUUCGAAUGGUGGCGGACUUGCUUUCGCAGCCACAGUCGACGACAUAUCCACCAUUGCAACGGUGUCAUAUCUUUAUCUCCCCACUGUGAUAGCGGUUAUUUACAGUAUAAUCUGGAGUUGGAUUGACUUGGACAGCAAACGCCUUGAGCCAUGGUUCCAGCUUUCCAAGCCAGAUGGUGCGGCCGCAGAAGAUUCCUUACUAUUGCAAUAUCCGUUUGAUUUCUUGCCAUUUGUACCGAUACGAGCUGCACGCCGCAGACACUGGGCUGUUUUUAUUACUGGAAGCACCAUGAUGCUCGUUUCGUGGGCAAUUGUUCCUUUCCAGUCUGCCAUAUUUUCCACGGGUACAGUUACCCGGACCAGAGAGGCACUAAUGGCUGCCACCGGAUCUUUCAUGCCUUUGGAGAAUCAGAAAGUUGCUCUCAAUUCUCAGUUCCUCAACACUGCGUAUGGUGUAUCUUGGUUAGACCAGAAGGUACCUGCGUAUACGACAAAGGAGUACGCAUUGCAGCCAUUUUCUCCUACCACUAGCGACGUCAUAUCUUCAGGAAACGAUACAUGGUCGUCUUCCACGCUCGCCUACUAUACCAACCUUACCUGCACCCCAGCAAUUGUGAAACCCGGGAGGUCAAAUGGGUGGAUUUUUGACGACGGAAAUGGAUGUGUCACCUAUGAAAUCUCCCCGCAAGGCGCCUCAUCUGCGAAGUUUGCGGUCAUGUAUAUCCCAUAUUUUGAUGACCCUAACAACGACUGGGCAUUACAGAACCCAAAUUGCACCAUCGAGCACUCUCACAACUUUCUCGCGGUGUGGGGACAAUCACAAUACAUUGAAAAUACCACAUUCAGGAAAUUUGGCAAUAUUAGUGCUCAAUUUUGUCGUCCAACAUAUCAUGUUCAGCCUGUCACUGCGACAGUAAACGCAACUAGCCGUGCGGUUAUGAAUAUCGAUGAUAAAAGUGUCCCAAAUACGGCUUUGCCUCUACCCGAAGCUGAUUUCAACAUCACAAAUUUCGAGUACAUAAUGGGGACAGGUAUUUCGCAGUACCAGGUCGGCAGGCCCUUGGGAGACGAUUUACCGAAUAUACUAAUUGUUCAGCAAUUACCAAGGUUGCUCAAGUUUAAUAUAUCAUGGCCAUUCCACAAUAUGGUCGGCUUCGGACUGGCAGCCAGCUCUGGUCAAGUAACGGACCUUGCGGAUCCUUCUCAGAUGCACAAGGCGUUUGAAUCCGCGCACAAGUUAUUAUUCUCAAUGGCAGUAGCGGCGAUGAUAACUCCUAAGGAACCAACAACAAACGAACGGAUUGGAUUGAUAACAGAUCAGCCCGGCAGCAUAAUUUUUGUGAGGUCUUUUUCAAUUGUCGUUGAAGUUUUCUUGGCUAUUGUUGGUAUUUUAACUUGUGUUUUGUGGUUGGUUUAUCAACAGCGUCAGACGAACAUGACACAAGACCCAGCCUCGAUCUCCGACAUAAUGAGACUUGUCUGCAACACUAAGGAACCGCUGCGGGGUUUCAAUGACAGUGGUACCUUAACUUCCCAACUGCUGGGAGAAAGGCUUCGCGGCCAUAGGUAUCGCCUAAACGCAUACAAUAAAGGAGGUGCUAUUGAGAUGCGCUUAGAAUCUAUGCAACGAGCGGCUGGACAAGAUAUUGACAAAUUUGCCGAAUUUCAAUCAAAUAUCGACUGCCCGGAACAGUCUCAGGCAGUUCGGCCUUUUGAACUUACGUUUACCACAGGAGCCAUAGCGGGAGCUGUUAUAAUAUUAGCCAUUGCCUCCCUGUCAUAUCUAUAUCACCAAAUUACAAAGUUCAAUGGGUUGGCCAGGCCGUCAAGCAACCCACUUGUUCUCUCUAUUCUAGAGAAUCUAGUGCCAACAGCAUUUGCGACGAUCAACGAGCCCUUUUGGAUUCUCCUCAAUCGACUAUUAUGCGUUCUGCAACCAUUUACCGAUUUACGGAAUGGAAAGGCGAAACCGGAUUCGACAGUGGACGCUAGAUAUACAUCAAUUCCACCACAGCUUGCUGUCUGGCGAGCUCUUAGGUCCGGCCACUUCCUCUUGGCAACGGUCUGCGUCAUGGCCAUUUCCAUGAACGUGCUUGCAGUAGCACUUAGCGGGAUCUUCAACGAGUCCUUGAAAGAUACAAAUCUCCCCACCAAUUCAACAACAAUUUACAAUCCCGCUCUAAAUGGAACCCCUAACAUAAAGGAAAGUGCCUCGUCGUUUUAUAUAGUCGCUUACUACGACCACUUUUAUGCUACCUUAGCAAAUCUUAAAGGGAAUGCAACCCUGCCGCCUUGGGUUGAUGACAGUUUUUUCUACCUUCCUUUCAACUUGCCGGAUUCAGAGCAGCCUUCUGAGGAGCAACUAUCUAUUGAUGGAUAUUCGGCUCUAACUCGGGGGUUUGGCGUCGACCUUACCUGUGAGCAAAUUUUCCAAGAAGGAGACAAUGACACGCUAGUAUUUCGCCAAAGAGAUAAUGGUUCAUUUACAGAAUUAAGUGUGGUCCACAAACUUGCCGAUGGGGGCAAUGUAACAUGUUCCAGUAUUCUCGAAACUGAUGGGGAAAUUUUCACCGAAUCUUGGACGAAUGAUACUUGUGCAUUCGAGAUUUUGUCUCCUUUCGAGCUAUCAAACACUACAGGUAGCAGUUUACCUGACAACGGAUAUUGCAGUUCCGUCAUUGUUGCUGGCUGGGCCAGAAUUGGUCCCGCCAACUCCGCGACGAGGCAAGGCAUUUCCUCUACCAACACAACUAACGGGAGGUCUUUUGAAACAGCAUUUAUGCGGUGUCUACCAACACUCAGAACAGCUUCCUUUAACGUCACCGUCGACUCUACAAAACGGAUUAUUUCCUCGACAAGAGUAGGCGAGUUCGAUACUGAUCUUCGGCCGUAUGGAAAGGAAUCUGCAAUUAUGUCUUUAAUGGCGCAAACAUCGACAAUGCUUCUACCACGCACCGGUCACCCCUAUCGAUGGCACAAUGACACCUUCGCCAUAGACUGGAUGAACUCACUUUUGAAAAUCCAACUCAACUCCUCAGACUUGAUCAACCCAGCAACGCCCGUGCCGGAUAUUCCAGCAACUAUCCCGCACUUCGCUGGAUUAUUUCAACUACUAGCUGCCGUGAUGUUUUCCUUCGAUACGACGCUGUUUAACAAAGCGCCAGCAAAUACUACUAUAUCAGUCCAGAUCCACACCAAGCAAACUCGAAUAUUUAUGACACCUACAAUGUUCUACAUAUCUAUCACCAUCUUAGUUCUCCAACUAGUAACUCUUGCGGCCUAUUACGCAAUGAGGCCACGUCGAUUCCUUCCGAGAAUGCCGCUGUCCAUCGCCUCAAUUAUCGCGUACGUUUCAGCCAGCCAGGCGGCCCAAGAUUAUGGCAACCGGUCAAAUGAGAAAUCGCAAGAAACAAGAUAUGGAUACGGACGAUUCAAGGGAGCUGAUGGCCGUACCCAUGUAGGGAUAGAGAAAGAACCUCUUGUUGUGCCUUUAAAGAGCAAGAAUCCAGAUGUGAAAAGGCGAAAAUGGCGACUUGGACGCUCGUUGCCUCCUGAAGAACCGCGAGUUUGGAUCUAGCAAGGUUUCUUUUUGAAUAUGCCAGCUGGUACUGCUGAAACCAUAUACAUCGAAAUCUACUCAUAAUUUAUCAUAUUUAAUCAAACCACUUUAAUACAAUGAAAUUACUAUGGUUAUAUUGUGCGGAUGUAGAUGCCAGGGGUACCUAGCCCGCUCAAAAGGGUUUAGUUGGGAGUGGGUUCCAUUUUGG